AUGGCCACGCACUUCUCUCAUGAUCAGGGAUUCAGCGACUUCCCACACAACCACGGUACCUACGACUUCACGCACACGUGGUUCGACGCCCACGUUCUCGAACCCUCGGGUUUGUACCGAGUACCACGCCUUCAAUUGCACCGAAAUGUACACGCGCGUUUCGAACCUACCAAGCACGUGACAGCCUUCGACUUCCGCGACGAACCUGAUGAAAACUCGGACCAAGGUUCGUCAGAGGCAUGGCUCUCUGCCAUCAAGAGCGGAGACACCGUGCAACUCGUCCCACGGGCACAAUGGCAAGCUUGGGUCAACUGGGUGAUCGAAGGGCGUAUCGAGGUCUGGGUGGAGACUGUUGCUGCCAUGACUUCAGACCGGCCGGACCCGGACGAAAGGCUCUAUCGCCCACUGAAUAGAGACGAGCGUGAGAUCCGAGUCGUCGCCAUCGAGCCCGGGAAAGACGACACGCUAACGCAUCUCUCGCUGCGAUACACCUCUUUGUCAAGACCGGAGCGGCUCCACUUCAACGCGCUCUCUUACUGCUGGGGCGAAACGACGAACACGACGCUGGUGCCUCUAACAUCCCAUGUUGAUGACGAGCGUGUGUCCUCCCACAUUGCUGUAAACGACAACUUGCUCGCGGCCUUAAAACGCUUAAGACGUGAGGACGCUGCUUGUUUAGUCUGGAUCGACUUGAUUUGUGUCAAGCAGAGUGAUGUCGCAGAGAGGUCGCAGCAAGUCGCCAUGAUGAGCGACAUCUUUUCCUACGCGGACCACGUCUUCGUCUGGCUUGGAAUAACCCGAAAUGCCGCAAUGAGGGACCUAGCAGCCUUUAAGGAUAUUACGAGCAAGUAUCAAGACAAUCUUAACAACAACAAGGACGUUGACAAAUUCGUUGAAGGAAUGACCCGUCCCAUUGCCACACACCGAAUCGUCUCCGAUGGCAUUGCUUGGUAUCAUUUCGACAACACCAGGAUUUUCUCUCUUCCAUGGUUCCAUCGUGUCUGGGUUCUGCAAGAAGUCUGGAGCACAAAGUACGGUGCAACGAUCAAGAACAUUUCGAAGAGAGUGUCAGUCCUUUGCGGGCCAGAGGAACUGCCGUGGGCUGCCUUCAUCCAGGCCAAUCACUGCAUCAACACUUACUAUGGAAGGACAGACACGGCGGCCAAUAUGAUGCCGGGGAUUUGGAAGACGCUCUUCCAUGCACCCCGCCACACAAGUCCAUUCCACGUCACGCCGAAGCAACAACUGAAUAUACUCGACGUAGCCAUUGACGGGCUCGACAUGCGCGCCACAGAUGCCAGGGACAAACUAUUCGCACUUUUAGUAUUCGGCAACGAGACGCACAACCUGUCUUACCUUCCACCUCUCGUUCGCCCAGAUUACUCUAAACCUGUCGUCAAGGUGUACGCAGACUUCACGAGGUGGUGGAUCGACCGCACCCGGUCCCUUCGGAUCUUAUCGACAGCUCAAAUACAGGCGGGCCGGACCUGGCUGGACAUGAGCAAUUCAUCUCACGGGGCACACGACCGGCCCGGUCUCUCCGAGCGACCCUCGUGGAGCUUCUGGUUCGAAGGGCGCAGCUCCUGGAAGCAGAGCCUCUUGGGGCUCGACGAGCGCGCUUCUUACAACGCAAGUGCUGGACGUGACCUGGACGCGAGUCUGCUGGAAGAGCACGACAGCGGGGCCGACUCACACAAGUUGGCCCUGCGAGGCCUCCGCCUUGGUCGGAUUUCUUCCCGGUCGUAUUAUCCUCUACUUCGCGACCCAGUGGUGUCCCCAGAGAUGCGGAGGGCGUAUCUACACAUAACCAACGUGGAAACCAGCUGGUCGAGUUCGCAAUCUGAACCUGAUGCUAGUCAUAACGGUAUUAUUGACCAUUAUAGGGCGCAUUAUAACGGCCCUUCUAUUGGCUCUGAAAGGAUAACGGAUUAUUUGCCUUGUCAUGGGAAGUGCAUGUUUACCACCGAAGAUGGCCUCACAGGUUUAUGCCCAGCUGGUGCUGAGAUUGGGGAUAUAGUGGUGGUUCUGUAUGGCGCAUUUGUGCCUUCCUUGUUACGACCGAAGCUGUCCUCUGGGGAACAUUGCUUCGUGGGCGAAUGCUACGUGGAUGGCUUCAUGCAGGGAGAAUGUUUUACUAGGAACAUUGGUGCUGGACGGGCCGCCGAAUCAGAGAUCUUCCUCUUGGUAUAG